AAGGUUUUAGUUGAGCAGUAGUGUUUCAUCUACAAAUUUAAAAUUUGAAAACAAAUGGCACCUAGCAGGAGGAUGAGGCAGCAGGCCCCGAAACCAGAAAUGAGCAACAAUGUGAGAGUGAGGCUCCACAUCAAACGAGUGAAAGCGGAGAUGGAAAAGAUACGAGAAGAUCAACAACGCUUAAGAGAGGAGCAAAGCAAAAUAAGAGGAAGGUCUGGAGAGAUUGAAAGUCAAUUGGAUCUCCUCAAAAUGGAAACUGAAAUGAUUAUGAAGCAAACAGCAAGCACUCAAAUUAAGCUCCUUGUCAUGUUCAAGAUCUUGAAAGCCAGGGCAGGUGGCUAUUCCGCUGAAGCUGCUAGGCUCACUCACUUUCUUCGUGAGUAUGUUGCCAAGGAAAGAGCAAAUGCAAGCUUGGUUACAGGGAAGAAGAAACAUCCAUAGAAAACUCCCCAACCCGAAGCAGGCAAAAUAUACGCAAGAGACAUUGCGUGUGGAGGCAAUCAUUAAAACCAGUAUGCUUUUGAUAAGUUGUACUAGCAGCAUGUUUUCCUGCACCCCUCCCCAAGUGAACUUCCUGCCGUAAACGUUUUAAUCUGUUUUCUCCACAAUAAAUUGCCUGUGAAACUAUUUAUAAAUAUUAUGAAACGAGAAGG